AUGGGAUCGGGUUCCCCUAAACCAAUGGUUGCAUAUCCAAAGACCCUUCUACCAAUUGCAACUUCAGUGGGGGGACUUGCCUUGUUCUUAAUUUUUGCCUCUUUGCUUCUUGUCUAUCAGCCAAUUGGAUCUAAAGUUAGUGGCUAUUUUUAUAACCUUGAUGAACCUAGUAAAAUUGAGUUAUCACCCUUUAAUAAUGAAACAAGCAUAUUUGAGAACAGUGUUAACGAUACAGAAACAAAUAGAAAGACAGUUGAUUCAGCUACCGACAACACUGUUGAUUUAGAUAUUAAUAACACUGUUGAUUCAGAUGUCAACAAGACCAUUGAUACAAAUAUUAACAAAACCAUUGAGUUGGAUAUCAACAAGACUGUUGACCCAGAUGUCAACAAGAACAUUGACUCAGAUGUCAACAAGAACAUCGACUCAGAUAUAAACAAGACAGUUGACUCAGAUAUCAACCAGACGGUUGACUCAGAUAUCAACAAGAAGACGGUUGACUCGGAUAUCAAGAAGACGGUUGACUCGGAUAUCAAGAAGGCGGUUGACUCAGAUAUCAACAAGACCAUUGAGUCAGAUAUCAACAAGACAGUUGACUCAGAUAUAAACAAGACGGUUGACUCGGAUAUAAACAAGACGGUUGACUCAGAUAUCAACAAGACCAUUGAUUCAGAUAUCAACAAGUCCGUUGAACCAGAUGUCAACAAGACCAUUGACUCAGAUAUCAACAAGACAGUUGACUCAGAUAUCAACAAGAAGACGGUUGACUUAGAUAUCAACAAGACAGUUGAAUCAGAUAUCAACAAGAAGACGGUUGACUCAGAUAUCAACAAGACUGUUGAUUUAGUUAUCAACAAAACCGUGGAUACAGGUACCAAGAAGAGUGUUGAUUCAGGGUGUGAUCUGUAUGAUGGGAAAUGGGUAUAUGAUUCAGCUGGACCUUUAUACACAAACAGUUCAUGCCCUGUCUUGACACAAAUGGAAAACUGUCAAGGAAAUGGUAGGCCUGAUAAAGACUAUGAGAAUUGGCGAUGGAAACCCACAAAAUGUGAUCUUCCUAGAUUUGACCCCAAGAAGUUUCUGGAAUUGGUGAGAGGAAAGACAUUAGCUUUUGUAGGUGACUCGGUUGCCAGAAAUCAGAUGGAGUCAAUGUUAUGCAUACUUUGGCAGGUGGAAGUUCCAAAAAACCGAGGGAACAAAAGAAUGCAACGUUAUUAUUUCCAAUCAACAUCCGUAACAAUCAUCCGAAUAUGGUCAUCAUGGCUAGUCCACAAAACAACCGAAAAAUUCAAUUUUGCACCCGAGGGUGUAGACAAGCUCCACCUCGACAUCCCAGACGAAACUUUCUUAAAUGACAUUCCCACUUUUGACAUUCUCGUCCUUUCCUCCGGUCACUGGUUUGCAAAAAAAGCCGUUUACAUUUUAAACAACGAAAUCGUGGGCGGACAAUUAUGGUGGCCCGAUAAAUCCCGCCCCAAAAAAAUCGAAUCCCCCGAAGCUUUUAAAAUCUCUGUAGCAACUAUUAUGUCCACCCUGGUGACCAGCCCGAGUUACACCGGGCUGACUGUGGUCCGGUCGUAUUCACCGGACCACUACGAGGGUGGAGCCUGGAACACAGGCGGGUCGUGCACCGGGAAGGUGAAGCCCGCUGUGGAUUUAGUGGAGAAUGGGUUUACGAAUAUAAUGCAUGAUAAACAAGUGUCAGGGUUUAAUAUUGGUGUGAAAAAUAUAACGAAUAAAUCUCGGGUUGUUUUUAUGGACAUAACCAAAGCUUUUUCGUAUAGGCAUGAUGGUCAUCCGGGCCCGUAUAGGAGUCUUGACCCGAAUAAGGUGGUGAAAAGGAGUGCGGAUGGGCGGCCCCCACCGCAGGAUUGUUUGCAUUGGUGUAUGCCGGGCCCGGUUGACACGUGGAAUGAGUUGUUGGUUGAGGUUAUAAGGAGGGAUUUUGAGGGAUGA